AUGAGUGAGGAAGACAAAGUUAUAGAAAAGAGUGAGAUGCGUAAUACUAAGUAGAGCCAAUUCGGAUAUUCUUAGUAUUCAGAAAGAUCAACGUUUUUAGGCAAAGAUAUUGAAUCACAGAAAAGACGUUCAAUCAAAAAGAUCCUUUUAAUGAGCUCUAUGGAUAAAGACACAAUGAAGAUCUUGUUAAAAAUCUUGUAAGGUGGACUUAAAAAUUUAACUUCUGAAAAUAAAGAAAAGUUAAAAAAGAAUGCAAGUAACAUUUUGGAUAAAGAUAGAUAAAAAGAGUUAGAUGUAUUACUUGAAAGGCUUGAAUCAGGCGAUGAUUCAAGUGAUAAUUUUUUGCAAAUUAUUAAGUAUUAUGUUCUUUCGCCAGUAGAAAAAUCUUACAUUGCUAAGAUAGAAUAAGAACUAUAAAAAAGUCAAUAACUGGAUGAUGAAAUAAAAAAAGUGUAAGAAAACAUUAAUGAAGAAAAAAAGAAGAAAUUGGAAAGAUAUAGAGAAGAAAAGGAUGGUAAAGCAAAAGUCAAUAACAAAGAAACUUGCGAAGCUCUUUUGAGAGAAGUCAGUAUUCAUGAAAAUAAACUCGAAAAAGCAAAUCAAAAGCUUAACGAAAUUGUAGCAAGAAACAAUUAGCUAAGAGAAAAAAUAAAUGUCUUGAGAAAAGAAAAAAAUGUCAUCGAAGAAAUAUAUAACAAAUUGAAGAAAGAGCUUGAAGAGAAAAAAAAGAAUGUUGAAAAAACAAUAAAAAGUGCUGGUGAAGCUUACUAUAAUAGAAAUAGAGCGGAAGAAGAGUUAAAGGCAUUAUAAGAGAAGGCUGAAUAGUAAAAGCUGAAUUUCGAACAAGAAUACAAGAACUUGAAUGAAAACAUUUAAUACGAUAGAAGAUUUAAGUAAUUUAUCAAGUCUAAGCAAAAAGAAAAAGAAGUUUUGGAAAAUUUAGAGAAGUAAAUUUAAAGAAACUAGGAGAUUAUUGCUGAAAAAAAGGCUUCUAAUGAAAUGAUCGAUAAUGAAUAUAUGCUUUCAGCUAAGAAAGAAGAGGAAAUCAAAAAAGCUUUUGAAAGAAUUAAAAAAGAAACAGGUAUUAACGAAACUAAAGAUAAAGAGAGCAAAGAACUUCUCAAUGUAUUCAUCAACCUAUAUUAAAAGAAUACAAUCAUGAGCAAAUUCGUCAAAGAACUAAAUGAGGAAGUUGAAGAACUUGAAAGAAAGAUAGAGGAAAAAAAGAAAGAAAUUUAAAUGUAUAGUACAAAGGGAGCAACAAAUGACAAUAAAAGAAGAGAAAUGAAAAUAGCAUUAACUAACAAAAUUUAACAAGAAGAAAAGAAGAAAGUCAUUCUCAAAGCUUAAUAUGAAAAAUCUAUAGAAACUAUUAAUUUAAUCAAAUAAUAUUUAGAAAAUGUAUUUAUUGCUAUUGAUGUUGAACCAGAAACUAUUGAAAAACUAAGGAGUGCUGCAAUUACAGAAGAAAAUAUGGUACAUUUCUUAGGUAUUUUAGAAUAGAAAGGACUUGAUGCUAUUUCUGAAUAUUCUCGUUUGAUUGCAGAGUAACUAAAAUUAGAAAAAGGAGAUAUGCCUGGUUUAGCUCAAAAUAUUGAUGAUCUCAAUAACAUUAUUGCUUAUGAAAACGCUAAUAUUAUGAAUUUCUACUCAAGUGCUGGAUAAGGAAAGUAGGAUUGUCCUGAUGAUUUAUUGCAAGUACAAAACAAUGAAGAUGGUGAAGACGAAAAAAUAUAAUAGAUUGGAUAAAGAGGAGAUAAAUUUUUCACUUAAGAAGAACUAAGAAAGCAAGCUUUAGAUGUAAUUACAAAGAAAUUUACUCAAACAAAUCCAAAUAAAGCUAAUGCAUCUGGAGUUAAAACAAAAUAAAGAACAUAAAAAUAAUAUAAAACUGUUAAAAAUUGA